AAGGAGUUGAGAAGAAAAGAUUGAUAGAGGAAUGAAGGAAGUGGCAGAGUUUUGAAUCAAACACUAUCAUUAUUUCGAACCACUCUUUCAUUCUCACUCUCAUUUCUUCAAUCGGUUAAGAGCAAUAUAUGAACUCAGGUGGGAGAUAGAGCCUCUGGAUUUGUCUUUCGUAUCUGGGAUUUUUUCAUUUAGCAGACUCUGAUCUUAUGGCACUUGACAGGUUAAAUUCUCCAACUACAUUUGAAAUGCCACUGGAGGUUUUGGGCCAUGAAUUGCAGUUUACUCAGGAUCCCAAUUCAAAGCACUUAGGAACAACUGUGUGGGAUUCAUCACUUGUUUUUGCCAAAUUUCUUGAACGGAAUUGCAGAAAGGGAAGGUUUUCUCCAGCUAAACUUAAAGGAAAACGUGUAAUUGAACUUGGAGCUGGCUGUGGUGUUUCUGGUUUUGGCAUGGCUAUGCUGGGGUGUGAUGUUAUAGUGACAGACCAAAAAGAGGUGUUGCCGUUAUUGCAGAGAAACAUCGAACGUAAUAUUUCAAGAGUCAUGCAGAAGAACCCUGAUUUGAAUGGUGAUAAUUCCUUACAAGCAAAUAUAUUUUUUCUAGAGUCAUUUGGUUCGAUCAAGGUUGCCGAACUUCAGUGGGGAGAUGAGAGCCACAUUAAGGCUGUUGAUCCUCCAUUUGACUAUAUUAUUGGCACCGAUGUUGUCUAUGUAGAGCAUCUGUUGGAACCUCUGUUGCAGACAAUACUUGCUUUAUCUGGACCUAGGACUACAAUCUUGUUGGGCCAUGAGAUCCGUUCCACCUGUGUCCAUGAAAAGAUGCUUGAGAUGUGGAAACAAAACUUUGAUGUGAAGAAUGUUCCAAAAUCUAAAAUGGAUGAAACAUAUCAACAUCCAAGUAUUCAGCUCUUCAUUAUGGGAUUCAAGAAUUCAGCUGAGUCCACCGGGAACUCAGGUCAGGCAGCUGCCGAAAAAGUUGACGAUCAAACUGGCGUGGAAGGUAAAAGUGGUGAGGAAAAUUUGGCAAUGGAACCAUCAUCUAGUGUUGAAAAAAAUGUUGAGGAUCAUGAGAAAGCAGCAACCGGAACUAAAAAGCUUAGUGAGUGGGAAGCAAGAAGGUAUGGAUCAAUGGCUGCAAGGAUUCUGAAAGAUGUAAAGAUAUCCUGAUUUUGAGAGCCCAUAGAAACGAGUUUAAUUUUAAUAUAUUGUCAAUGUAAAACGUGUUGAUGUUGUAAGUUAUACGAAUUAAAUCUUUAAUGAAAUGCCAUAGUGGUCAUUUCAUUUGCCUAGGCUUUUUUUUUUGUCGGAUGGAUUGGACAAUCUUCAAUCCUAGGUAUCACCAUACACCUACACAAUAUUUCGAAUCUGGAUGCAGCUUAUUAAAAGGCACAUGAUUUACCAUCUGAGCUAAGUCUCAACUGCAUUUGCCUAGGCUUCAAAUGGUGUUAACCUUGACCCACUUUUGGGCUUUAUUGGGCCUAUAGUGGACUUCUCCCAACAAAGCCUAAUGCCCAUAUCUUUGGGCCUGUAC